CUCCUCCCGUCGUCUCCUAGUGGUGACAAACCUUCACCAAAUCAACAACAAACCUCAGCUGACUCUGUUGAGAGACGAACUCAGUCGUGAACAGUCAUCCUAAAAUCUCUUCGUACUUGCAUCGGACGACUUGCCUGAAAGAAUUUAACAAAAUGCCUCUUGCAAGGGAUAUGUUGCACCCCAGUUUGGCAGAGGAGAGGAGGAGGCACAAGAAGAAGAGGCUGGUACAAAGUCCUAACUCCUACUUCAUGGAUGUUAAAUGCACUGGUUGCUACAGGAUCACUACCAUCUUCAGCCAUGCUCAGACUGCAGUACCUUGUGGAGGAUGUUCUUUAAUCCUCUGUCAGCCUGGAGGGGGCAAGUGCAGACUGACUCCAGGUUGUGCCUUCAGAAAAAAACACACCUGAGCAGAAACGUGGAUACACCCAUGUCAGGCAGCAGAAUGGACCAUGGAUGAAUGAGUCCAAGCCUCACACUCCUUGAUCUUAAGGGCCUUGGAGAAAAAUUACCUCCCUACAAGUAUCUUGUAGUUUUUGGGGUGAAAUGGAAAUAGGAUUUCACGGGCAGGGGAUGAGCUUUGAGAACUCAAGAUGAAAGGUUUAAAUGCAGGCAUUCCAGUGUUGUGGGGUCGAAUUGUAUAAUUACUAGAUUGUUGAAAUAAGGCACAUAAAAGUUUUUAUUAAACAUUUGACUUAGUUAAACGUGAUUGUUGUGAUCAAGAUACAAAGAAAAGCCAGACAAAUGAUGAUUUCUGAAAAACAUUUAUUAGGUUGACAAAGAGAAGGGGGUGGUGAAUGAAAUAUUCCAAAAUGGUCUCACGGCCUUGGCAUGAGAUGAAACCACGAUGACCAUUACAAACAAAAAUAAAACAUUUUAAGAAUUUA